UCAACUAACUUUAUGUUUGUGAAGAGACCCUCAAUGCCUCAGAUAUAUCGUUCAGCAUAAUCUAGACCUUUGUUUGUUAGUUUUGCUCACUUUGAUGUGGAUCUAAAUUUUCGAGAUGGCUUUAGUUCGAGCACUGCGAGGAUCGUUCUUCUGCCCGGUCGCACGCCACUCAGUUUGCUGUUUUCACGAUAAUGCGACCAGACCACCUGGAAGCAACCCAUUGUCUUCCUCUCCAUCCACAUCGUCAAAGGAUAAACUGACGGACGAGAUCAGCAGAUAUGUGUACCACCAUCGGCAGUCCGACUCGUUCUUUCAGCACAAAUACGAGGCCGUCAUGGCACUGGAAGAGGUGGCACGGCGAUAUCGAGACGAGUACGCUGCGUUCAUCACUGGAUCGUCGAUGAAUGGCGUCGGCACAAACACAUCAGAUACAGAUAUCACGCUUAUCAAUCGGGAUAAUCAAGCAGCCUUAUCUCGGUCAGAAGUAAUCAACUUCCUUGAAAACCUUAAAACGUACUAUGAGGAGGCCGGUAACUAUGGUGAGAUUAACAUCAUUCAUGGGAAAGUCCCUCUGCUGACCGUACGCGACAUGGAGAGGGAUAUACCGUUCGAUGUCACGCUAGACGGCUCUUCGGCUGUGAGAAAUACGUACAUGUUGCAGCUCUAUUCCGCAUGUGACUAUCGCGUUGUGCCGCUCAUCAUGGUUGUCAAAGACUGGGCCAAGAAGCGCGGUAUCAAGGCAGCACACCAGGGCUUGCUCUCCAGUUACGGCAUCAGCCUGAUGGUCUUACACUACUUGCAAGUCCAACAGCCGUGGGUCGUGCCGUCCCUGCAUAAGACCAUGAAGCAACACCUCUACCUAGAUAUCAUGGAGAUGCAGAACAGACGUGAACACGAUCUGCCAGAAACGCCAACGUCCAACAAUACAACAAGUCUUGGUGAGCUACUGUGUGGUUUCUUCCGCUACUACGCUGCCUUCCAAUUUGAGGACUACAUAAUCCAGGUGGCUGAGGCCAGAGCCCUGCAUUCACAGGAAACUAUAAACCCAGCUUUCAGCUCGGGCUCGCUGAAGAAGUCGUUUGUCAAGAUCGAAGAGCCGUUCUCGAAGAGUAACGUUUCCCACUCCAUUCUGAAGCGAGGCCACUUCAUGCGCCUGCGGACGGAGUUUGUCGUGGCGGAUGAUGCUCUGUUUUACGAUUCCAACCCAUCGCUAUCUUGCAUUGGCUUGGAUGUACCAAAGGCAGAAGAUUGAAGAGUGCAGCGCGCUUCCCAGGCCGAAGGUGUCUUGAAGCCCGAGAGAGGUGUCCGCCUCAGUGACUUGCUGGAUUGUCAAGUCUAAAGUCCGCAAUCCGAAUCUGGGACUAUCAUGGGACGUGAACGGCUGUUGAGCAGCUGCUGAGCAGCAAGCCCGACAAGCUAUUUAGUGUGUUCACCCACCCCAUGGCUGGUCUAUGCUCUGCGCCAGUUGUGCGUGUGUGUGUGUAUCGUGUGUCCGGCUAUCGUCGAUGCCCAGGCGUGCACAACCUGCGUGUGCCGUCGCCCCCUGGCAUGUUGUUUCAAGAAUGACAUCGUCACAUCAGCGCUAAGUGUUGCCAGGUGGCGCUGCGUCACUGGUGUUUCAUCCACCGCCACCACUACCCACUACGUACAGGAGGCUAACAGCACUGGCUUACAUGUACAUGUAUAGCUGGUUCAUGAAGUCAUUGACUUGAGCCACAAUUUUCCUGCAGCUGCAGUGCGUUUCAGAACCCUGGACCAUCAGACUUUUUCUUUUGAAAAAUGAGAUAUUCGAAUAAAAAUAAAAAUCUCGUCAGGACUUGA